UGGGGCGCCCGCCGCGAGGGCGCGCUGCUGACGCCCAGCAAGCUGCAGGCGGUGGAGGUGCCCGUGGUGGACCGCGACGAGUGCUCGGCGGCGUACGAGCAGUACGGCGGCGUGACGGCCAGCAUGCUGUGCGCGGGCGUGCCCGAGGGCGGCAAGGACGCGUGCCAGGGCGACUCGGGCGGGCCCGUCGUGGCCGGCGGCCAGCUGGUCGGCCUCGUGUCGUGGGGCGUGGGCUGCGCGCGCGCCGGGUUCCCCGGCGUCAACGCCGACGUGGCCGCGCUCAGCGACUGGGUGCUCGAGACCACCGGCAUCUAA